GUGAAAGGCGGUCUCGACAGCCCCGUGGCCUGAGGAGAGGGAGGGGGGAAUCGAACCUGAGAGUAGGGUUCCUUCUGCCCCUCGUGCAUCUUGUGUCCUCUGCUGGAAUUGGGGCUUCUCCAUCUGUCCACAGGAUAAACAGCGGAUUCCAAGAGCGGCGAUGGCGGGGAUCUUUCAAUGGUUUCUUAACUGGCUUCGCAGUUUGUUCUUCAAACAAGAAAUGGAGCUUUCACUUAUAGGCUUGCAGAAUGCUGGGAAGACAUCACUCGUUAAUGCCAUUGCUACUGGAGGCUACAGUGAAGACAUGAUCCCAACAGUAGGGUUCAAUAUGCGCAAGGUAACAAAGGGUAAUGUGACUAUUAAGCUGUGGGAUCUUGGAGGGCAGCGGAGAUUUCGUACCAUGUGGGAGCGUUAUUGCCGUGGGGUCUCUGCAAUAUUGUAUGUGGUUGAUGCUGCUGACAGAGACAGCAUUCCCAUUUCUAAAAGCGAGCUGCUUGAGCUGUUGACAAAGCCAUCUCUGAAUGGGAUCCCACUGCUUGUUCUUGGUAAUAAGAUCGACAAAUCUGAAGCUUUGUCCAAGCAGGCACUGGUGGAUCAAAUGGCAUUGGAAUCAAUCAAAGACAGGGAGGUAUGCUGCUAUAUGAUUUCUUGCAAGGAAUCAAUCAACAUAGAUGUUGUUAUUGAUUGGCUUAUCAAGCACUCUAAAUCAGUGAAAUAAUUUUGAUUGUUAAUUCUCUUCUGAUGGUUUAGCAUCACAUCUGAUGCCUGCAGCGGGAUCAGGCGUAUGCUGUAUCAUGCACAGCCCAGUUCAGUUAUUUUUCGGUAACACUGUCUGUGGUUGUCUAUGUAUUGUGUGCAGUUUGAGUUUUUCCCACCCUUUUGUAAAAUCCUAGAAGAAGAUGAAGCCUUGUGAUUUCGUGUUU